AAGUGCGGUACUCUGUUCCGGUUGUUGUGUGAGCUGAUGUUUGUGGCUGUGAUUGUGGGUGCGCUGAGCUGGUGUCGGUUCCGUUCGUUGACGCCCGUUUCGGCUCACCGUCGUGUGAAGGACCGCUGAAACCAUGGCCGCCCCAGCUCUCUCCAGUCGGGCCGGCUCGACGGGAAGCCUCGGGAACAGCCCCACCGCGGUCGUCGCCGCCGGCAGGCUGCCCCACGGCUGCGCCGGGCCGGAGUUGGACUUCCGGUCGGCGGCCCGCAUGGAGGACCUGAACCGGCUCAUCCAGGAGUUUAGCAAGCACGACCAGCGCGAGUACGACGACCAGCGGGCCUUGGAGAUACACACGGCCAAGGACUUCAUCUUCUCCAUGCUGGGAAUGGUCCAGAAGCUGGACCAGAAGCUGCCGGUGGCCAACGAGUACCUGUUGCUGUCGGGCGGCGUGCGCGAGGGCGUGGUGGACAUGGAUACGGACGAGCUGAGCGUGUACGCGCGCGGCGCCGACUACGACAUGGACUUCACGCUGCUGGUCCCGGCGCUCAAGCUGCACGACCGCAACCAGCCGGUCACGCUGGACAUGAGGCACUCGGCGCUGGGACAUUCCUGGCUCAGUCUGCGCCUCUUCGACGAGGGCACCAUCAGCAAGUGGAAGGACUGCUGCACGGUGGUGGAGCACAUCAGCGGAGCCGCAAACUACUUCUUCUCGCCCACGCUGGUGGCAGACUGGUUCUACCAGGCCGUCUCACUGGUGCUACUGGAGGUCCAAAAGAAGCCGCAGAGGGGCGUUCCCCGCGUGGAGAAGGUGGAGCGCAACGGCACCGUGGUGUCGGUCAUCUUGGGCGUGGGCAGCAGCCGAAUGCUCUACGACGUCGUGCCCGUAGUGUCCUUCAAGGGCUGGCCGGCCGUGGCGCAGAGCUGGCUGAUGGAGAACCACUUCUGGGACGGCAAGAUCACGGAGGAGGAAGUGAUCAGCGGCUUCUACCUGGUGCCCGCCUGCUCGCACAAGGGCCGGAGAGAGAACGAGUGGCGGCUGUCGUUCGCCCGCAGCGAGGUGCAGCUGAAGAAGUGCAUCUCGCCCGGCCUCAUGCAGGCCUACCAGGCGUGCAAGGCCAUCAUCGUCAAGCUGCUGUCGCGGCCCAAGGCGGUGAGCCCCUACCACCUGCGCAGCGUCAUGCUGUGGGCCUGCGACCGGCUGCCCGCCAACUACCUGGCGCACGACGACUUCUCCGCCCACUUCCUGCUGGGCCUGAUAGACGACCUGCAGCACUGCCUGGUCAACAAGACCUGCCCCAACUAUUUCAUCCCGCAGUGCAACAUGCUGGAGCACCUGUCGGACGCCGCCGCCGUGCUGCACGCCCGCAAGCUCUCGUCGGUGCGCUCCGACCCGGCCGAGCACCUGCGCACCACCAUCGAGCACGCCAAGGCCGCCAACAGGCUGACGGUGGAGCUGCAGUGGCGCGGCAGCACCGGCAACCUGCCGUCGCCGCAGUCGGACGCCGGCGGGGAGAACCAGCCGGACGACCGCCUGGCCAAGAAGCUCCAGCAGCUGGUCACGGAGAACCCCGGGAAGUCCAUUUCGGUCUUCAUCAACCCGGACGAUGUCACGCGGCCGCACUUCCGCAUCGACGACAAGUUCUUCUAAGAAAAAAACAAAAAAACCCACCUCCCUCACCACAGUUUUUGUUGUUGUUGUUGUUGUUGUUGUUCCUCCUCUGCCACACUGUCAAUCAGGUGUUUAUUUUCUAGUGUUCUUAGUUGUCCUUCCUCACUGUGUUCUUACCCACUGGAGGCCUUCAGACUGACAUUUGUAAAGCCACCCGCAGGAAUCCACCCGGACAGUUCCACGUGAACAUCUGCUGAGCUGUCAGGCUGACAUCCACAUUUCCACCGGGUGAAAUCCCCUUGAAGACAUCCACCUCUCCGCUCGGACACUUGCAUCGAAACAAUUUCACUUGGAGAAGUCCACUCGGAGUCAUCCAUCCUGAAGAAUUCACCUGUUGGAAUCCUCCAACAGAAAUGCACCAGGAAAAAUCGACUCCGCGUCGUCCACCCGGAGAAACCGAUCCGGAGUCAUCUACCCGCAGACGAAGAAUCCACCUGCGCAAGUCCUUCAAAGAAAUCCACCUGGAGAAAUCGGCCUGUCUUCAUCGUUCGGCGACUUCGACGCGGACAAAUGAAUUUGGAGUCAUCCACCUGCUGAGCUGCGCCCGGGUCAUCCAACCGCAGACAUCCACAUGAAGGAAUCCUUCAAGAGAAAUCCAGAGACAUCCACCUGCAGACAUUCGUCGCAAUGGAUCCGCCAUACGGAGUCCGCCCGGAUGUCCGCUCGGCUGUCGGGAGUGACGGCAAAACGAAGGAGCCUCGAGAACUUGCUGAGUGUUCACACGUCAGGAUCAAAUCGCGAUGCGCGUACGUCGGCUCGUCACAGCCAAAGUCGCCGUCGCUCGCAAAACCAGAAGAGGAACAAGACGUUUUGGGGCCACACUGAAAAGAAAAGAAAAAAGAUAUAUAUUACCAGAAAAAAGGCAUGAGAAAACGGUUGAAGAGUUUCUAUGAUUAGGAUUUCUAUCACAAACAAAUCCAUCUCAUAUAAUCAUCCGGUAGGAAAAUAGUGUUGUUGUUUUUGUUUAGUGCGGCCUUACUCUACGUCGGGGGGGGGGACGACGACGACGACGACCUUAUCUUCUACUUCACAAUGUGCACCGAAAAGCGUAGAGCAUUCAUUCGAUAAGACCGAAAGGGAAAAUCUUCUCCAACUUGGAAUGAUUUCCAAGUGCGUUUUUCUCACAAUAGAAUCUUGUAUUGAUUGUUACAAACCGAAUGUGAAAUCACUUAUCAUUUUCGAACCACGAUGUGCGAAUGUAAUCGCAGAUAUUUCCCUUUUUGACUCCACGUAUGGUAGCAGUGUGACAAAUUCGUAACUUUUGGCUUUCUUUUCAAACAGCGGCCAGAUUGUCACCGUGAAGCUUUUUUUCACCGUUCCAUUGUCAAUGAGCCUUUUUGUUAAAAAAAAAAAAAAAUAAGGUGCGGAUACGUGCAAAUCAUCCUGACUACUACUUAUCAUCUGACUCUUUUUAAGUUUGCACCGAAUGUAAAAAGCACCAAUCGCACUCCUUUUGAUUGUAGUCGCACGCUAAUGCGAAAUAGGCUACUUUGUGUGUGUGUGUGAGAGCGAGCGUGCUAGCGUAUGCAUGUUAAGUGUGUUUGCACGUGUGUGAUAGCAUGUAUGUGUGCGUCUUGUGUUAGUCUGUUAGCACGUGUGUUUUGUGUUCGUGUGCGUUAGCAUUGGUGAGUAUGUUAGCGUGUCUGUGUGUUGGAGAGAGCAUUUAUUUUUUAUUUUUUUUAGAGAGAGUUGGCAUUUUGGACAGGAAUGCAUUCGAUUUCAAACUCGGUUCACCUUCUCGUUUCCACAUAUUUUACGAUAAAUAAGAAGGGGAAGAAAACAAAAAGUUACGGUUAAGGUGUAAUCGGGUUAGUUUUGACACCAAAUCAGACAUUCUGGUAAGAUUUUGAGUUUUGAGGAAAAAAAGGAAAAAAGGUACUGAAGCCCUGGCACGAAGGCAAGGAGAGCCGAUCAGAUAUUUAUUGAACAAAUCAAUCAUGAAAUACAAAAUAGCAACAUUUGCAAGGAGCUGCUGUAGUCCACAAGUCACACCCAGAUGCUCACACACACUGACUGGAUUUGUUCCUGAUGUCACUCACAAGGCCACGCCCAUUAAAAGCACACGCAACACUGUUUUUUUGGGGAGGCUGCAACGUGUUGAUGGAAUUUCGAUUAAUUAAUUCAUAAAUUCACACGCUUGGUACGAACGAAUGAUACGCCUAAAUCAAGGUACCGCGAUUCAAGAUGCUUUCAUCUAGGAAAAUCAUCUAUCUUUAUAUCACACCACCACCUAGUGGCCUGGCAUGCACAUUCCGCUUUUUUUCCCCCGCGCGUGAAACCUUUUUCCAAGCUGUCUCCCCUUUCACACGCGCACGGUAACGGCGGCAGGAUCGGUCUUUUAUGCAAACUCCGGAGCUCAGCUCAGAUUGUACGCCCGAUCCUCGGUUUUACCGCCACGUCUCGUACCCGCUGCCCGCCGGCACUCAGGAUUGCAAAUCUGCUGCAUCGUGAACGAAUGUUCCCGUUACACGACGUGCACUCAUCUCUCAUUUGUUUUCUGCCGUUUUUGUGUUGCA